AUGGAUUUAAUGGAAUCGCUUUCAGUUGUACAAACAUCAACAGAAAUCUUUGACUUGAAAUUUAAAUAUGAUAGUAUAAAAGAUUCACUUAUAGUCACACCUUUAUUACAAAUUAUUAAAAUUGACUUGUCUCAUUCUAAACAAAAAUUAAAAUUACAAAAUGACACUACCUUUUUUGAGUGUUUUGGAAUUACUAAAAUUACUAAUCUUUCUUUUGAAAUUCAAGGAAUCAUCAAUAAGACAAGUGUUGUUAAUUUAUCUUCAUUAAAUUCUAAAAAAAUUAGAAUUAAGACUUCUUGUAUUGGUGAUUUAAUUCUUAAUGGAACUAACAAAGAAGAAUUAUAUAUUGAAACUAGUUCAAUUCAAAAUAUUACACUUUCUGAUAUCCUAUAUUUUAGAGGGAUAAGCGGUCAUCUUCAUAAUGUAAAAAUGAAAAAUGUUGCAUCAUAUAAAGGGUGUUCUAGUGUAAUAUUAAAUAUAACCAAAUAA